GGGACCCCGCCCUCCAUGUUGCCUAUCCCCCUCACUCACUCGGGACUAGCGAGCGUGUGCUCUUUGCAGACCCAGGGUCCCGACCGUGUGCUCCAGUGACGGAGCGAAGAUCGGAAGGUUGACCUGGCCCAGAGAGAAGCUUGUUCCGUGACUUCGGGCGUGUCACCAUGGCAUACAAAUCACGCUUUUCAUUCUGGGAGCAAAAGGUUAAAGUUGAGAACAAGCCAGAACCUGAUGUAGACAGUAGUCAGCCUCAGGCAGUCACUGAACCCGGGCUAGACGCAGGAAGCGGUCCACCGUCGACAGCAUCGACAGCUGAGGCGUCCGGCAGUAACGUCGCCAUGGUCGGCCCGGACGAGGAGCAGAGUUCUAGUGGUAAAAAGGUGGUGAGGAUUGUGAGGAGGGUUGUCAGACGUGUGGUUCCUGCUGGGACUGAAGAGCAGAACCGGCCUGCUGUUCCAGAGCCUGCCAGUGCUGUGCCCAAAACCGCCAAGGCCGCUGGGGGGGAUAAAGAUGAUAUCUCCGUGGGUCUGACCAGCCUAAUGGGCAGAGGUCGAACCAAGGAGCACCGGCCUCGCACCCGCACCCAGGACCGUACAGAGGACGUGAAAGAAGAGGCGAAGCAGGAGGAAGAGAAAGGAAAGGCGGAGGACGGGCAGGAAAAACCAGAGGAGGCCGCAUCCACAUCUGUGCCCGCUACUUCAGCACCAAACCCUGCACCCCCGAAGGUUAACCCCCUCACCCCUCCAGCUGGCUUCAUCCCUCCGCCCAAGCCCGACCGUCUGGCCCCGCCGGCUGGUUUCAUCCCCGUCUCCAGACAGAAUCUCCUGUCUCCGCCGCCGGGUUUCAUUCCCGCCAGAAAGCCCAGUCCUGUGCCGCCAAAGCAGAACGCCCUCCCAAGACCCCCAGGAUUCAUCCCCGUCCCAAAGUCGGACCCGCUGGCUCCUCCUGCAGGGUUCAUCCCAAAGCCUCGACCAGUUGCUGUAAAGAAACCGGAGGUAAGCGAGACAUCUUGUCCCCCCGCGGCCCCCAGUGGUAAACCGUCCCCUGUCGCACCGCCCCAGGCCCAGUCUGCACCAAAUGAACAGGUCCCAGAGCUGGGUCCCUCUGAGGAAGACUACAAGCGCGGGAGGAGGAUCUUCACCGCCAGUGGCAAUGAUCGUGCCAGAGGCCACACAUCCUCUCAGCCCAAGCUUGUGGAAGACCCCGUGGCCAUCCUUCAGGCAGCGCACUCGGCCGCAGCUAAGGGAAAGACUGAGGAGCAGGUCACGGCCGAGAAAGUCUGGUAUAACACGGAGAAAGUAUGGCUCGUCCACAAGGAAGGAUUUUCAUUGGCAACGCUCCUGAAGACGGAGGCGGGCAGCCUGCCAGAGGGGAAGGUGAAAAUCCGCCUGGAGAGUGACGGUUCGUUAUUGGACGUGGAUGAAGAUGAUGUAGAGAAGGCAAACCCUCCGAUGUGCGACCGAGUGGAGGACCUGGCCUCGCUGCAGUAUUUGAACGAGUCGAGCGUGAUGCACUCCCUGCGGCAGCGCUACGGUGGUAACCUGGUGCACACCCAUGCUGGGCCGAACAUGGUGGUCAUUAACCCCAUUAGCGCCCCCUCAAUGUACUCGGAGAAGGUGAUGCAAAUGUUCAAGGGCUGCAGAAGGGAGGACACUGCCCCGCACAUUUACAGCAUGGCCCAGGCCGCCUACAGAAACCUCCUGACAACUCGCCAGGAUCAGUCCAUCGUCCUGCUCGGCAAGAGUGGCAGCGGCAAGACCACCAACUGUCAACACAUCAUCCAGUAUCUGGUCACCAUCGCCGGCAGCACCAACAAGUCCUUCUCCACGGAGAAAUGGCAGGCGGUCUACACAGUGUUGGAGGCGUUCGGAAAUGCCUCCACCUGUAUGAAUGGGAAUGCCAGUCGCUUCUCCCAUAUCGUUUCCUUGGAUUUUGACCAGGCCGGCCUGGUGACCUCAGCCUCCAUCCAGACCAUGCUUCUGGAGAAGAUGAGGGUGACAAGAAGACCAGAGGCAGAGUCCACCUUUAACGUCUUUUACUACCUGAUGGCCGGUGUGGACGGCUCCCUUAGAACCGAGCUGCACCUCAACCACAUUGCCGAAAACAAUGCGUUUGGAAUCAUGCCUCAGACAAAGACUGAGGACAAGCAGCGGGCCUCCCAGCAGUUUUCCAAGCUGCAAGUGGCAAUGAAGGUUCUGGGGAUCAGUGGUGAUGAGCAAAGGGCCUUCUGGCUCGUCCUCGGGGCCAUUUGCCACCUCGGAGCUGCGGGAGCUACGAAGGCUGGCAGGCGACAAUUUGCACGUCACGAGUGGGCCCAGAAGGCCGCCUACCUGCUGGGCUGCACCCUGGAAGAGCUCUCCUCCUCCAUCUUCAAGCACCAGGCCAAGGGCACCCUGCCCAGAGCCAGCACCAUCCGCCAGGCUUCUGACGAGAAUGGCACAGCAGACGCAGGAUCCAAGGCUACAGCCAUGGAGUGUUUGGAGGCUAUGGCAUCCGGGCUUUACUCCGAAGUCUUCACUAUCCUCAUUUCUUUGAUAAACCGGGCCCUGAAAUCCAGCCAGCACUCUCUGUGCUCUCUGCUCGUUGUGGACACACCGGGCUUUCAGAACCCCAGGCUGGCCAAGCGCGAGUGCGGCGCGACCUUCGAGGACCUCUGUCACAACUACACUCAAGAACGUCUGCAAGGUCUCUUCUACCAACGCACCUUUGUUCAGGAGCUGGAGAGAUACAAAGAGGAGAACAUAGAACUUGCUUUGGAUGACACCGAACCCAGCACAUCUCUCUCUGUGUCGGUGGUUGACCAAGCCUCAAGUCAAGCGCUGGUACGGACAGUUCGAACAGAUGAGGCACGUGGCCUGCUGUGGCUGAUGGAGGAGGAGGCAGUGCAGCCGGGGGGGUCGGAGCAAACACUGUUGGGGCGUCUCUUCAGCUACUAUGGACCUGCUGAGGGGGAGAGUAAAGGUCACACUUUCCUCUUGAAGAGCGAAAAGGAAAACCAUUUCUUGCUGGGGCACAGUCACGGGACGGACUGGGUGGAGUACAAUGUCUGCGGGUGGCUGAACCACGCCAAGCAGAAUCCUGCCUCUAGCAACGCUACGAGCCUCCUGCGGGACUCCCAGAAGAAGAACAUCAGCUCACUGGUCAUGAGCAGAGCGGCUGGAGCCACGGUUUUGUCCGGUUCCAUUGCCGGCCUCGAAGGGGUUUCCCAGCUGUCCUUGCGGCGGGCCACCAGCAUGAGAAAGACCUUCACCACAGGGGUGGCUGCUAUGAAGAAGAAGUCUCUAUGCAUCCAGAUAAAGCUCCAAGUGGAUGCUCUCCUUGACAUGCUGCGGAGGUCCAGGAUUCACUUUGUUCACUGCAUAUUGCCCAAGGCCGAUGCCCUGAAGGCUCUGAGUGGAUCCCUGUACAAAGCAGGGGAAUGUGAGGCUCAAGGCGAGAGUGGAGAUUCUGGCCUGAUGCAGCUAGAUGUGGCCCUGCUCCGUGCUCAGCUGCGUGGCUCCAAGCUGCUUGACUCCCUCCGGGUCUACAGGCAAGGUUACCCCGAUCACAUGGUGUUCUCGGAGUUCCGGCGACGCUUCGAUGUGCUGGCGCCGCAUCUCUCCAAGAAGCACGGGAGGAAUUACAUAGUGAAGGACGAGCGGAGGGCUGUGGAGGAGCUCCUCGAGUCCUUGGAUUUGGAGAAGAGCAGCUACCACAUGGGCCUGAGCCGGUUGUUCUUCAGAGCCGGCUCUUUGGCUAAGCUGGAGGAACAGAGGGAUGAGCAGACCAAGCGUAAUCUAACCCUGUUCCAAGCCGCCUGCAGAGGCUACCUGGCCCGGCAAGCCUUCAAGAAGAGAAAGGUUCAGGAUCUAGCAAUCCGCUGCAUCCAGAAAAACAUCAUGAAGAACCGCGGUGUGAAGGACUGGCCCUGGUGGAAGAUCUUCACCACAGUCCAGCCCCUCAUCAAGGUCCAGCUCACCGAGGAGCAGAUGCGAAGCAAAGACGAGGAGCUGCAGCUGCAGAAGUCCAAGCUCGAGAGGGUUGAGAAGGAGCGAAAUGAGCUGCGACUGAACACGGAUCGAUUGGAGAGCAGGAUUGCAGACUUGUUGGCGGAGCUCGCUGAUGAAAGAAGCACCAGUGAGUCAGCGUCCCAGUUGCUGGAGACUGAGACUUCAGAGCGACUCCACCUGGAGAAGGACAUGAAGGAUCUACAGGCCAAGUUUGAUGCCAUGAAGAAACAACUGGAAUCGCAGGAGAUGGAGGUGAUGGAAGCUCGACUCAUGAAAACGUCAGAGCUCAACGGGGAGAUGGACGACGACGACGACGCUGGAGGCGAGUGGCAGAUCAAAUACAACCGAGCCGUUCGCGAAAUGGAGUUCACCAAGAAGAAACUCCAGCAGGAGUUCGAUGACAAGCUGGAGACAGAGCAGCAGAGCAGAAGACAUCUCGAGAGGAGGUUGGCUGACUUGCAGACAGAUAAUGAGGAUGUGCAGCGCUCUGUGCAGCAGCUGAAGAAGAAGUGCCAGAAACUGACGGCAGAGCUGCAGGAUACCAAGCUUCACCUAGAGGGACUACAGAGCCGCAACCACGACCUGGAGAAGAAACAGAGGAAGUUUGACCUGGAGCAGAACCAGGCUCAGGCUGAGGUACAAAGAGAAAGGAUCCAGAAGGAGAAGUUGGCUCGAGAGAAAGACAUGAUGACUGGAGAGGUGUUUAACCUCCGCCAGCAGCUGCAGGACAAGGACAGCGAGCUGUGCGCCGUCAACAUGAAGGUGCAGCAGCUGGAGGCCGAGCUACAGGACGUGUCCUCCCAGGAGUCCAAGGAUGAGGCCUCUCUGGCCAAGGUCAAGAAGCAGCUCCGCGACCUCGAGGCCAAGGUGAAAGACCAGGAGGAGGAGCUGGACGAACAGGCUGGAACCAUCCAGAUGCUGGAGCAGGCAAAGCUGCGGCUUGAGAUGGAGAUGGAGAGACAGCGGCAGAACCACUGUAAGGAUAUCGAGAGUAAGGACGAAGAAGUAGACGAGAUUAGGCGCUCCUGCAGCAAGAAGCUGAAGCAGAUGGAGGUGCAGCUGGAGGAGGAGUAUGAAGACAAGCAGAAAGUGUUGCGUGAGAGACGAGAGCUGGAGUCCAAACUGCUGAACGCCCAGGACCAGGUGAGCCAGAGGGAUGUGGAGACAGAGAAGAGGCUGAAGAAAGACCUGAAGAGAACCAAAGUCCUUCUGGCUGAUGCACAGAUUAUGUUGGACCACCUGAAGAGUAACGCCCCCAGCAAGAGAGAGAUCGCCCAGCUCAAAAACCAACUGGAGGAGUCGGAGUUCACCUGCGCGGCGGCGGUGAAGGCUCGGAAGGGCAUGGAGAUUGAAAUAGAGGACUUGCACAUCCAAAUGGAGGACAUGGUGAAAGCCAAGAUGUCGCUGGACGAGCAGCUCAGCCGACUGCAGCGGGAGAAGAACGACCUGCAGUCCCGCAUGGAGGAGGAUCAGGAGGACAUGAAUGAGCUGAUGAAAAAACACAAGGCCGCAGUCGCCCAGUCUGCCAGGGACUUGAGUCAGAUCACUGACCUGCAGGCCCAGCUGGAGGAGGCCACAAAGGAGAAACAGGAGAUCCAAGAGAAGCUUCAUUCGCUGCAGAGCCAGCUCGAGUUCCAGGAGCAGUCCAUGGUGGAGAAGUCUCUGGUGAGCCGUCAGGAGGCCAAGAUCCGUGAGCUGGAGACCAAGCUGGAGUACGAGAGGACACAGAUCAAGCGCCUGGAGAGCCUGGUGGGCCGUCUGAAGGACAAUCUCGAAAAGAUGACGGAGGAGAGAAACCAACACAUCGCUGGGGAAAACAGGGAGAAGGACCAGAAUAAGCGAAUGCAGAGGCAGACAAGGGACAUGAAAGAGGAAAUGGCCGAGCUGUCCAAGAAGGAGGGCGAGGCGAGCCGGAAGAAGCACGAGCUGGAAAUGGACAUCGAGAGCUUGGAGGCGGCGAAUCAGAGCUUACAAGUGGACCUUAAGCUGGCCUUCAAGAGGAUCGGAGACCUGCAGGCUGCGAUCGAGGAUGAGAUGGAGAGCGAUGACAAUGAUGACCUAAUCAACAGUUUGCAAGACAUGGUGACAAAAUAUCAGAAAAGAAAGAACAAAACUGGAGAUGAGACGGAAACAGAUUCAGAGGUGGAGGACCGCGUGGACGGGGUUAAGUCUUGGCUCUCGAAGAACAAGGGCUCCACCAAGACGCUGUCGGAUGAGGGAAGCCUGAAAAGCACCAGAUAUGCAGCAAAUGCAGAUGCCAAGGAGGUGAAAGAAGGUAAGGAGAAGAUGAGUGACCUCAGUAAAGAUGGGAAAGAAGUAGAGCAAAGCAGAUCGGUGUCUGUCAUGAGUUGCCUAAGCUACAGGAAGCGCUCCAACCUGAAAGACUCUAUAGGGGGGACGGGCGACGAGAACUUCCUGUUUAGCUCUCUCAAAGAACAGCCUGACACGCCCGACCACGCCUCAAUCCGUAAAGCCAAGUCCAAGUCUGGAGAGCUGCCGGACGAUAGGAAGAAGGGCCCGGCACAGGAAGACUUCGACGACAAAGGCUCUGUCAUCUCCUUGGCCUAUUCGGAGGCCACAAGCAGAGCCAGGAAGGGCCUGGAGUCCCGCUGGACGUCCCGCAGCAGCCCCGAAUUCGAUAAGGAGUCCAUGGUGUCCUCUGUGGCUCCCAGCAGGAUGUCCACCAGGAGGGGCGUGUUGGACGUGGACGAUGACAAUAAGUCCACUGUCAGCAGCGUGAGCCGCUCUAGCCCCCGGUCGCUGCAUCGCAGCACUUCUUGGAAAGACGAUAGACGGAGCAGCUCACGCUUGUCCCUUGCCCGCAGCUGUGGCCUCAGUGAAUUUGGCCUGCGUUUGCACGAUGAGGAUGACGACGAUGAUGCCCAGAGUGUAGCGUUUAGCGAAGGGGGAACUUCAUCUUAUAGUCCCCGCUCCCUGAGCCGCAGCUUUUCUACCCCAGCUCAACCACGGUCCUCAGACAGCAACCCGACGGAUUUAUCCGAUAUUAAAACGGUCACCCACCGCAACUACUUGGAUCCCGACCUAGAGGCCGCCAUCAACGAGGUGCUGAGCUUCAAACCCAUCAAAUUCAAGCGCAGCAAACUUGACGAUUCCAGCGGCGAGGACGAGGAUGAGACGAAGGCGCCGGGCAGCGAGGACAGUAAGAGGAAGCGAGAAGACGAGGGGCUUGGCUGCAGCUCGUCCAGCGCGCUGCGCUCCACGUCGGGCUCCGCUCUGGACUACAGCCACCGGCCGUCCAGUGCCCUGAGCGCCAGCAGCUCCCGCAGUCGCAAAGAUAAGAAGAGUAAAGUCUCUCCAUCAGACGACUCCUCCUCAGACGAUCGCCACAGCAGGAAGAGCUCAAGGAGAAAGAAGGGCAAGAAAUCCAAGAAGAGAUCGAACAAAAAGCGAAGUGAGUCCGAGGAUUCCUCCUCCUCCUCGUCAGAAUCCUCCUCCUCCUCCAACUCGACCAUCUCCUACCAAAGCUCCAGCAGCGUCAAAAGGGCCCCGAGACGCACAUCUGAUGACGAUGACGUGGAGCCUGCAGGCCGUGGCUCGACCAGCAAGAAGGAAUCCAAGAGGAAGCAGAAGAAGGUGGAUAACGUGGUGAUGAAGUAUCUCUACAAGCCCGACAGUGACUGAUACCAACAGUAAGCCCUCCCGCGUACCUGAGACACCUGAGCGUUGUCAGAUCGGAUGAAGAGGACGAGGCGGACAGAGGCGACGGCGGAGGCUUAUCAGCAGAGAGCGCGACAUAACCCGAAGGUGGGCUACCCUCGAGCUUUCAGUGCUUUCACUCGAAACAAUGAGGAGGGACCACCACCGCUUCCCCAGCUGCCAAGGACAAAAGAUUCACACAAUGAACACUUUUUUUGAUUCAUUUUUGUCUGGCCAUUUUAUCUUUCAUUAUUAUAGAAAACGUAUUCACACUAUGAAGUGGAUUUUAUUUGAUAGUUAAAGUUUUUUCUUUCUCUUCAAUUUAAUAAGUCAACUAUGAACAGUAAAGUUAAGCACUUUCUGGGGAACUUCUUGCUGCUACUUUAUUUCUAAGAGCUGCUUCUCAGGCAAAUUUAAGCACUCCUCUGCACUCUCCUCUGACUCGCCAGAUAUCUCUGCCAAGAGGAUUUAGAUAAGCCCCACUCUGGCUGGACUUCUCCAAGAAGGUCUGACCAACUAUUACGGCUGUUCUUAUCUCUCCCCUAUUAACGCCGACCGCCGCGGUGCGAGGAAUUAACCCAUUUUCAAUUAAUCAUCUCGCUGUAAGUUUACAUGUGACUCUGGUUCCAAGUUGAGAUACCCCAUCGCUUGAGCAGAGUGAUGCUAGGACAUGAUUGCUGACGUGAAAGUGAAAUAGUUUCAGGAUAUAUAUUUCUAUAGCCAUAAUGUGAAAUGUUUUGAGAGUGACCCCCUUUUAUAUCUUUAAUAUCCCCUUUUAAUGCAGAGUAAUGGAUUUAAAGUUAAAUCUGAUCCAAGAGAGAAUAUCUCUCUCCCACUCUCUCGCUAUAUAUAUUUAUAAAUCAUGUGUGGAAUAUAUGUGGAAUCAAAGCCUUUACAUGAAGUGAGCAAGAGAAGUAUUUUGUUCAGAUGUUCCUGUUUUAUUUCUAUCUUUAAGUGGAGUGCAUUAUUGACUGUGUUUAGUUUGGCUAUUUUGACGCUCUGUCAUGCUUUUGUCUGCCUGCGUCAUAUUUCUGUGAGUUCAAAGGGAAUGUAUUUGUUUGCUGUAAUAAAGGAGCUUUCUGUUGAGCUUUUGAGAGAUG